AUGCCCGACUUUACCAUCCUCUGCGGCGACUACAGCUGGAAAGUCCACAGUCAUCUCUUUGACAGGCAUUCUAAGGCCUUCAAGGCUAUAUUCCAGGAAGGAGCAACCAAAGAAUGGACCGCGGCCGAAUCACCCGUCGUCGUCGCUCACCUCAUCCUCUGGGUCUACACGUCAGGGUACGGCGACCUCGCUGGGGAGGCGGACCAGACAGGCGAUUUCAUGCCAGCCAUGACGAUCGACGAGCUGAUGAAGCACGGUCUUGUCCGACCGUCGUGCGCAGAUGGAUCGCCUGGGGUGCUGAGUCCGGUGGACGAGCUCUUCAUGCCGGCGGAGAAGGAGUGGGUCCCUGACACGCUGCAUGCGGCUAUAUACCUCCUUGCGAGCAGAUACGGGAUCGUCGAGUUGAAGGAGAAGGCGGCUGACGAGAUCGACAUCAUUCUCACGGAACUCGACUGGGAGAGGACGUGUUUCAUGCCCUUGCUGGGCGAGUUGUUUGGCGUCAAGAAUGGUUGUGGAGUCGAGAAGAGUACGAAGACUGAGGCUGGCGAUCAUGAUGGCAAUCCUGCAGACUGCAAUGGUGUCGAAGAUAACCAGUGCGUCACCGAUACCAAGCCGUCCGCUGUGGCUCCGGCCGUGAGAGCGGACUCGGCAGCGCCAGUCUCGCUCUGCCCGAAAAACGAUGCGAAGGUGUGGAAUACCCUCGCCGAGGAAGCGGCUAGUGGAUUUGACGCCUACCAGCUUGACCCUGUCUUCCGGCGCGUGAUGGUGAACCAUCCGCACUUCAACUGGGAGGUGUCGACGAGGUUGCAGAAGAAGUUCGCCGAGACGCAGACGCAGUUGGCUAAGAAGGAAGAGCUCAUCCACGGACUGGCGGUCAAGGACGCAGCGAAAGGGAAGAAGGGUCGCAAGACGAAGAAGGAGAAGGAGAAGGAGAAAACUACAGGCUAG